GUUUGUGUUGUGGUGUUUGUUGUCACCGCCGCUGCUGCUGUAAACACAGCGAAUGAAAAACAAAACACACCGUAGUAGUAUAGUCCAUUCAAACAGACGUAAAAAGAGCAACAGCGGCUACCUAAAUUUAAUUUGCGUCUAUUUUUUUUCGGUAUUUCGGUCAGAAAUAGAGUUUGAUAUCGAAUGUAAAUCUGGUGCAUAAUCUCUGUGUUUGCCGGAAGUGAAUCACACAUUCGCAAAAUUUAAACGAGAAAAAUUGUCUGUGUUUUGUUUUUUCCCACAAAAUAUUAGCGUGUUUGUUGCCUUUGAAUCAACAUCCCAGCCAAUGUAAAUAAUUCGGUGUUUUAUCUAAUGAGAACGCAGUGAACAAAAAAAAAAAAAAAAAACAAAAGAAGAAAAGUCGAAAUUUAUUGCAGCAAAAAUUACGAUUGCUACAAACGAAUUGCUUGACUAGAGUGGAUUGAAAAGAGAAAGAAGAAAACCGAGCAAAUUCCACCUGAACCGAAUUUUCGUCAAAAAUUUUGAACUCAGUCACGUUGAAGUCCCAUAUCACAAAACAGCCCAAAAAUGACGAAGAAGCUGGAUUCAGUGCGACGAUCACUGUUCAGAGAAUUCGACGAUGAUGAUGAUGAUUCGUUGGAGAAAUUGGGCAAUAAUACGAAAAAAACAUCACGCGCUACAAUUAAACUGAACAACACAUUCAUUGCAGCUGCCCUAGUAUUAACGGUGGUCAUCGCAGCUCUCAGUAACAAGGUGAUACAAACGCUGUUGAAGGACAUGAAUUCCGAAUUGUCUAGCAAAGUCAAUGCCGGUGUUGAAUGGACACAAGUCAACUAUGUCUACCUUACGCAGCCCUUGGUCGUUGCUGUUUUGGUCACCAUUUUCAUGAUGACCAUAAAUUACUUUGACAGCGAUGUGCCUGGAAUUUGUCCGCCGACUCCAUUCACACCACGCAAAGCCCAACAAAUUCGGUACUCAACGCACAAGGAGAAGACCAAUCACUUGAGUUUCUUGGUGUCGAUUGGAAGCGGUAUUGUCACCUUUUUCUUGCUGUAUUUAUAAGAUGCUAAUUGAUCUAAAACUGACGGCAGUCCGAAAAGUGCCCAUUGAAGAUUUUUUUUUUCUCUCACAUAUACUUAGAGAUAGCGUGUAAAAACAAGUCACUUAACUUAACAUUUGAAUUGUUCAUUCGAUUGAAGUGAGAUCAAGAUAUUUGAGUUUCAUGUUAUUUGUAUUGAACAACAACUACUUUAUUGAAUUAAGUUAACAUUCACUAUUACCUAAAAAAAUGAUUAGUUUUUGGGUAAAAUUGAAUAUGUUUAUUCAUCAAAAAUUAGAAUUAAUCUAGUAGCGUGCGCUUUUUGCAGGGACUAAUCAAGGGAACAACAUAAUAUAUGUGAAUAUGAAAAAUUUCCUUUAAUUUUUUCAUCUAAACAAAAACUACAACAAAAACUACAACUGAUUUCAUAAUAAAUGUUUAGAUCUUAGAGGCUUCAGAACAUUGAUUUCAUUUAGCAAACACACAAUGCAUCACCACAUUGAUCUGAUUUCAUAUUUUAUUUACCAUUUAAUUUAGUUUUAACAUGAGAAACCAUGGAAUUUAUGAACAACAAGUUGAAAAAUAAAAUCGUUUUGAAUCAAAUGGAA